CUCGAUUCUGUUUCUGCGCUGACUUUGUUGCCUAUUUCUUGAUCAUCAUCCUACGGCUACCGUAAGGCUUUAUACUUUCUCCUAGGUUGGAUCAUAUUGGUCUGAAUGAUUGCAAGGUAAAUACUGUCAAAGCCAAAAUGUCUUGUCUUGUCAACUAUGGCAGUAGUGAUGAAAGUGAAGGCAGUGAUGGCGAAGACUUCCCGUCGCUUCCAGCAAAGUCUAAGGACAUGGAUUUGAAGGCUAAACAUGCAGAUGUUACACCUUCCUCUAUUCCCAAGUCAUCGUUAUUUGCUUCUCUACCAAAGCCAAAGGGCCCCAGUACUCCUGCUAUGGAGGAAGUUGGAUCAGAGUCCGGGAGUUCCAAUAAGAAAUCACUCUUCUCUGGUCUGCCACCACCAAAGAAGACUGGAAGUGCAAAUCCAAAUUCUGCAGCGAAAAUGUCUGCCGCUAAACCAAACCUGGCCCAAGAGUCCACAGGUUUACUCACUGAUAAUAAAACAGUUUCUAAGGGUUUGUUGAAUUUACCACCUCCAAAAAAGAAACAGCCUGUGAAAAUAAGCCUGCCAGCACUGCCCGAUCCUGAUUCUGAUGAUGAUGAACCAGAGGCAAAAAGACCAAAGAGCACCAAGGGAACUGGACUCUUUGCAAUGCUGCCUAAGCCCAAAAUAGCAAGUCGUAGGGAGGCGCAACGUCCUCUCAUCCCUUACACUCUCACAAAGAAGCCUGCUGCAGCUCCUACCAAGCCUCCAGGAAAGCCCUCAACCACUCCUAAGGCUCCAGCUCCAUCUGCAAAGCCCUCUCAUCCUGUAACAAGUACUGCUGUACAGAGUAAACCAUCUGGGAGCAAUCCGUUAGUGAUGGGUUACAAUAGCGAUGAUGAUGAUGAAGAAGAUGGUGAUGGUGUUAAUUUCUUUUCAAUGGGAGGAAGCGAUGAUUUAAAGCAAAGAACUAUGGAAGAAUCCACAAAAGGUGCGCAACGUAAACCUGUUGCUUCCAAUCCUUUGAACUUGAGUAGUCAAGGUAGCAAAGCGAGUGUUGAACCAUCAGCGACUGAAUCUGAUACCGGAACGAGUCGGACUACAAUGAGUGGGGCUGAUCCGGGGGUGGAAGCUGCUCCCGGUAUCACGGAACCAACGGUACCCCCCACAAAUGAUCAACCCCUUGUAUUUAACUCGUCAAAAACAAACAAUGCUGGGUACUCCUUAUCAAACUACAGUCAUCAUGCAAUGUACAAUCCUCAGUACAAUGCACAAUCUUUACAAGGAUCAAACUAUGCACAAGCCAGUGAGGGAAGCCAGCCGUAUGGAUUGUACAGUCAAACUGGAUUGGAUAGUCAAGGAGCUAUGCAGUACUACAAUCAGCCAUAUCAAGAGGGUGCUGAUACAGGGUAUAAUGAGAGUGCUACCAGCUCAGAGACUUCAAGUCAAUCAUUCCUUCAAGAUGAAAGGUUUGCCAAAAUGGUUGGUAAGAAUAAACGAGGGAAGGAAGAAAUCCAGUUCAUUGACAUCAAAGCCGAUGAUCAGAUAGGACCUACUGCUGGCUUGCAGGAUAUGGUCAAAUCCAUGACAGAAGAAAAAGAGUACAGAGGAAAAUUGAAAAAAGAGCAGCUUCCUACAUCCCAACAGAAGAGAAAACAUCAGAUCACUUAUUUAGCUCGCCAGGCCAAGGAAAGGGAGCUGGAACUUAAAAAUCAGUGGGCUGAAAAUCGACAGAACCGAAAGAGUACCAACGCCAAGUAUGGAUUCUUCUAAAUGUCUGUGGAUCCAUUGACAAGAGGUCGUGGUGGAGAAUGUGUUCACUAAAUCUUUUACCCCAAUGCUGUUUUCAUAGGACCUACAUGUAUAUUUUCCAGAAACUGUGUGACUAAUGUGUGUCACGUCGCGGGAAGUAGCACCUUUAAAUGUUUUUCAGAGAAAACUGGCACUAUACAAAUGCCUUUCAAUGUCAUCAUCAUCAUGAACAAAGGGUUCAAUUAAUUUGGUUUAAGGCAAUACAGUCAGUAGAUCAUGAUAAUCCUUCGAUCGUUUCAGUUGGUUUAACAGAAUUCAAUUGGACUGGAUAGAUCGGCUAAAAGAUGAUAGUCUCUAAAUUUUUUUUUGUGAAUAAGAGGUUCAUUUGAAUUCACUAAUCGACAAGACAUUAGAUGUGUCUUUAUGUGCUGAAGGAAGGUUGAUAUUGUAUUUUACUGAAAUAUAAUUGGGUGCACUGAGAGUGUUUCAAUCAUCAGUGUAGUAAAUAAUAUCCAUGUACCGGUAAUAAAUGGGUACCCGUAGGAAGAAUUCCCUUGAAUGCUCGAGUGUCCGAUCAGGGUAGCCUUGUUAAAGCCGGGUUAAUAGUAUUCAGCAAGUAGAAACAUAGUGUUGGAGACCACUGCAGGACAUUGGUGAAAGGGCAGUGGAAUCUGGUUAUGACCAAAUGUCCAACAUUGGUCUUAGUAUUGAAGAUGUGGUUAUCUAAAAAGUUAUUCUUGGAGAUUGAAAUUAUCAUCAAUUUGAUUGGAUUAAAGUGAUCUAUU